AUGAGCUCCUUCAACCUCUGCUCCUAUUGCCUUCGCGCGCUACGACAGACUGCCAAAAACGAAACAAACGCGGUUCGAGCUCAAACCCAGAAUCCAGUGGGGCAGCGAUAUCUGUCAACAGCACAAAGAAGAUGGCAGCAGCAGGCUUCCCGCUCCGAGAGUCAGGCUCAAAUGGAGCAGCCAGCUGUCCCUCCCACCACAGCUGCGACCGUCACCACCAACGUAACAGCUUCUCCUCCUACCCACAACGAGUUUGAGGACCCUCCUCCACAACCGACAGGGCAACAAGCUCUGCCCACCACGGUCUCGACCGUCACGUCCAAUGUGACGGCUCCGCCUUCCCCACCAGAAACUGAAGCUCGGUCACCCGCAACAGAAGAAGGACGAGACAGAUCUUCUGCGCAACCCUCGUCCAGCACGAGCGUCUCACAAAUGCAACGUCAGAUCCAAUCUUCGCUGUCCUCCCAACCAAGCAAGUUGAACAUCCCUGCCCGUCUAGCCCAGACACUUCAGCGCACCGUCCCUGCCGCAACCAAGACCUAUACGAUCUACGGCCAGACCGAGGCGUUAUUCAAAUCCUGCGCCGCACAAGCCGACUACACCAUCCCGCAAGACCAACGCAUGAACAUUCUGACGGGCAGAGGGCCCGCGAAGGAAGCGUCGCAGGAAGGAGCAGAGCUGGGGCAUCCGCUUCCCGAGAACAAGGACGCGUGGUGGUUCACGACCUUGAGCCUGCCACCCACCUUCUCGACGUGGUCGCAGAUUACGUUUCUGCAUCUCUACGUGAUCGUGACGCAACUGCGCGCGGGGCUGGACUCGGAGUCCGAGUUCCAAAACUACCACCGCUACUUGAUCGAGCAUUUCUCCCGCGAGGCCGAGGACAAGAUGGUCAUGCUGCACAACCUCAACGCCCAAGGAAUCCGCAGUCGAUACCUGAAAGAUCUACUCCUGCAGUGGCGCGGGAUCCUGGUGUCGUACGACGAAGGCCUCGUCAAGAGCGAUGCCGUGCUCGCGAGCGCCAUCUGGAGGAAUCUGUUCCGUGCGGACGAGGACGUCGACUGGGUCAAAGUCGCGCAGGUCGUGGCGUUUCUGCGCCUGGCCGUGCGCAAAGUCGGCUCGAUGACCAUGGAUGACAUGAUCCGGCAUUUGACUUCUCAGCAGGCCGGAACCAGUAUCUGGCCUGCCGCUCAGGGGUCUAUCGCGACGAUCGUGGGCAAGCAGAGUCGCGGUAUCAAUGCUCCCUUUGAGCAGUAG